GGAAGAAGACGAAGCCGGGCCGGGCCGGUCACAUGAAGAGCCCGUGACCCGCCCGGCGCUGGAGCCGGGCCGGCUGAAGCUCCAUGACGCCUCCCGGGGGGGAUGCUGCAAAGGACGCGGCCAGAUAAACCGGGGAGCUUGCGGCCCCCCCAGGCCAUGUCUACAGAGAGCUCCCCUCUUCUCAGUUACCGGCUCUUCCGGGUGUCGAGCGAGGGCGAGAUGCCGGGGGGCGGCCAGGAAGAGGCCCCCCUGGUGGUGGGGGUGGCGGGGUCAGCCUCGGGGAGCUCCCACCACGACCCGGCCCGGCAGCUGUCGACGUUCUUCGGGGUCAUCGUCCCCACGGUCCUCUCCAUGUUCAGCAUUGUGGUCUUCAUGCGUGUGGGGUUUGUCAUCGGCCACGCAGGAUUCCUGCAGUCUCUCCUUAUGUUGGUGGUGGCCUAUCUCAUCAUUUCUUUGACCGUCCUGUCCGUCUGCGCCAUCUCCACCAAUGGGGCGGUCCAGGCAGGCGGGGCUUACUUCAUGAUCAGUCGGACUCUGGGCCCCGAAUUUGGCGGUAGCAUUGGGCUCAUGUUCUACCUGGCUAAUGUCUGCGCUUGCGGCGUCUAUGUCCUUGGGCUGGUGGAAGCCAUUCUGGAUGACUUCGGAGCAGACGGAUCCGACCCUCCCGGCGCAAAGGCUCUCCCGCAGGGCUACCUGUACAGCUUCCUCUACGGCUCGCUCGUCCUCCUUGUCUGCCUCCUCGUCUGCCUCGUGGGCUCCCACAUCUACUCCCGGGCGGCCUUCUUCAUCUUCCUAGCGGUCAACGCUGUCCUCAUCACCAUCUUCGCCAGCUUCUUCGCCGUGUCGCCCCGGGAGAUCGCGGUCUCCCGGGACGCGAACCACAGCUUCAAUGCCUCCUUCACCGGGUUCAACAUCUCCACCCUCAGGGACAACAUGUAUGCCAUGUACUCCCGCGAUUACACCACCAACAACAUCAUGUCCUUCGCCACCGUCUUCGCCGUCAUGUUCAACGGCUGCACGGGGAUCAUGGCCGGGUCCAACAUGUCAGGGGAACUCAAAAACGCCAGCAGCUCCAUACCGAAAGGGACCAUCAUUGCCGUGGUCUACACUUUUGUCAUCUAUUUCCUCCUCUUCUUCAUGACCAGCUUCACCUGCGAGAGGGCUCUGCUGAAGGGGGACUACGGCUUCUUCCGGGCUAUCAAUGUGUGGCCCCCCUUUGUGUUGAUCGGCAUCUACUCCGCCUCGCUCUCGGCAUCGAUGAGCAACCUCAUCGGCGCGUCGCGGAUCCUCCACGCCCUGGCAAAGGACGACCUGUUUGGAAUCGUCCUGGCUCCGGCGAAGAUUGUUUCCAAAGGGGGCAACCCGUGGGUGGCCGUCCUCUACACCUGGGCGCUCGUGCAGCUGGUCCUCUUUGUCGGGAAGCUCAACACCAUCGCCAGCAUCGUCACCGUCUUCUACCUCGUGGCCUACGCCGCCGUGGACCUGGCCUGCUUGGCGCUGGAGUGGGCCUCUGCGCCGAAUUUCCGCCCCACCUUCCAGGUGUUUUCGUGGCACACCUGCUUCCUGGGCAUCGUCUCCUGCCUGGUGAUGAUGUUCCUCAUCAGUCCAGCCGGCGCCUCUGGCAGCCUGGGGCUCAUGCUGUUGCUGCUGGGCUUCAUCCACUUGCGCUCUGCGGCCUCCUCCUGGGGCUACAUCAGCCAGGCCCUCAUCUUCCACCAGGUCCGGAAGUAUCUGCUCCUCCUCGACAUCCGGAAAGACCACGUCAAAUUCUGGCGGCCCCAGAUCCUCCUCAUGGUGGCCAACCCCCGGGGCAGCUCCCAGCUCAUGAAGUUCAUCAACCACCUCAAGAAAGGCGGCCUGUUUGUCCUGGGGCACGUGGAGAUCGGGGACCUUGACACGAUGCCCUCCGACCCCAUCCAAGCUCACUACAACUUCUGGCUGAGCCUGGUGGACAAGCUGAGCAUCAAGGCGUUUGUGGACCUCACCCUCUCGCCUUCGGUCCGCCAAGGGACUCAGCACCUUCUCCGGAUCACCGGCUUGGGAGGAAUGAAACCCAACACGCUGGUCCUCGGCUUCUACGACGACUGCGUCCCGGAGGAUUACUUCCUGCAAGACCCGGCCUUCAGCCAAGCGCGGGAGAACGACGAGUUCGGCGUAGACCUGCCGGCCCUCCAGGCCCACUUCCCGCCGGUGAGGGAGGCGGAGAGCCAGCGGGCCUUGCGACCCUCCGAGUACGUGGCCAUCAUUUCCGACGCGGUCAAGAUGCAGAAGAACGUCUGCCUGGCGCGCUACUUCCACCUGCUGGAGAAGGACCUGCCGCCCUCGUCUUCGUCGGCCUCUUCCAAGCGGCGCUUCGAGGGCCGCUACAUCGACGUGUGGCCCCUCAACCUCCUGCGCCCCAACUCGCCCACCUACGUGGACAUCUGCAGCCUCUUCCUCCUGCAGAUGGCCUGCAUCCUCACCAUGGUCAGCUCCUGGAAGGGCGCCAGGCUCCGCAUCUUCCUCUGCGUGGAGUCGGGAGACGUGGGCUGGGUCAGCAAGGAGGAGAAGCUGAGGGAGCUCUUGACCAAGCUGCGGAUCAAGGCCACCAUCAAGAUCGUCACGUGGGACCAGGUGGUGGCCCUCCACGGCCACCCCCAGCAUCACGCCGCGGGGCCUCGGGGGGACCCCGAGAGGCCGGACCCUCCCUCCGAGGCCGGAGGCUGCCCCGAGAAACCGGCGAGAGAGACCUACCUGAACGCCGCCACCUUCCAGGUGACCGACGAGUAUUUGGCCUCCGUCAACGACCUGCUCUUGAAGCAAGGGGGCCAGACGGCCGUGCGCUUCCUCUACCUCCCGCGCCCCCCGGCCGACACCUCGCAGUACGAGCGCUACCUGGAGCAGCUGGAGAUCCUGACCACGGGCCUGGGGCCCACUCUGCUCAUCCACGGCCUGACGCCCGUCACCUGUACGGAGCUCUGAGGAGGACCUGGGACUCGGCGGGGGCAGAGGGGUGGCAGUUCUCGGUGGUUUUGUUUUUGUUUUGUUUUUUACAAAAGAAAUAAGGUGCCUUGUCUCUCGAGUGAAGUGAGUGGUGAGGAAAUUU